AUGUCUGAACUCAAAGUCCACAGUUUCUACCGCAUCUGGUUCACCUGGAUCGAUCCACUGACCGUUCUUCCAACCGUCUACGCUCUCAUCUUCACCCCCGAAUUCAUCCUCGAUGGCCUUAUUCCACUCAACCAGGCCUUCUUAUUUCACCAACUCGCAGCACUAUUCGCGUUUGUCGCCAUCAUGCUAGCUGUGCUUCUAAGGGUUAGCUCUGAUAUCAAAGUAUGGAGAGUCGUCAUUGGCGGCGUGCUUCUCAUCGACAUUGCCAUCUUGAUCAGUGUCUUUGUCAGCAUGAAACAGCAGGGUCGGUCGGGGCUGUCUAUGUUCAGAUGGCAAGAUUGGGGGAACUAUCUGUUCACUGGUUGGGUUGCUGUUGUGAGGGCUUUGUUCUUGGCUGGGGUUGGAGUUGGCGGUGUGAACAAGGGAAAGGUGGCUUGA